ACAUUCGCUACGCUGCAUGUGCUUGCCUUACACAUGCUUCUCGUAGGACUAGAAUACUUCUCGUACGAGUCAGAUGAGAUAAUCAGCACCAGAGGUGAUAUUGUUACUGCUAUGGUUCACGAACAAAUGGAUGAUUUCAUUUGUGUGCUGUACCGAUGUGCCACUGGUCUCUCUAGAGCCGGCCUCAUAAAGGAAAAAUUGAGAAAGUCUGGGCCACAAAUGAAAAAAUUCCUCUCUAUGGUCGACAUCCUUUUCGAGGGUAUGAUGGAAAAUGAUGAAAAAUCUUGCAAUCACGACAAUAUCGUAAAUGUGUCUACAAUAGCGCAACAAUUGUGGUUUACGAAUGGGGAGGUACUGGACUACCGCUUCCAUCCAACUACACAACUUAAGAUUUGA